AUGAGCGAUCCUAACGUUGAAAGAAAGAAAUCGUAUAGAUGGGUAAGUGCUUCAAAGGUAAGCUACGAUGGUUUAGAUUGGAAUAGUUCAGAUGAUGAUAGUGAUGAUAGUCGUGUCUAUGAUCAGAAUAAUAAACACGAUGAUGGAGUUGGGGGAGGUAAAAUAGAAAACCAAAUUGAUAACUUACCAUCAUUGCCGAAAUUGAAUUACUUAGAUAAUGAGUCUAUAUAUAGAAGUCUUCAUGAAAAUACAGAGGAACAGCAGUAUACUAGUGAAAUACAAGACAUUAAUUCUUUGAAAAGCUCAGUUACUCGCUUGAAAAAUGAUGACAAUGCUCUAGAAUCUAAUUUUAAUGUGCUCAGUUUAAAUAAGAGUAGUAGUAGUUUCGAUAAUCAUAAGAAUACAGAUAUUAAUAGUAGUGCUAUUAAAACAAUCAGAAGCAGUGGUAAUAGUAUAAUAAGUACAAGUAAUCAUGCAAAUAUUUUACCCUUAAAAAAAAAUCUUACAUCGACACCUUCAAGAGAUAUUAAUGAAGACCUUGAUAAUUUGAUGGAACAGAUAUCCAAGGAAAUUACACCGCAAUUAUCAAGAGAUAAUAAUGGGGUUUUUCAACAGGAUUAUACAAUUACAACUAAUAAUGACAGUAAUUCUAAUAUGGAGUCAUUUGUUUCCGCAAAGGAAUCACAGAGCCCUUAUAUAUCAAAGGAUAGAGUAGUAGUAGAUACAGAGAAUAAAGUACCUCAAUGUGGAUAUUUAAAGCAAUAUUUAGAUUCAAAUGCUGAAAAUAACGAUAUUGACAAUGAAACUGAUAAUAGUAGUAAUACAAAUGAUGAUAUAUUAUCAUUUACAGAUUCUAUUAAAUAUCAGGAGGACAACAAUAAUUUGAAUGAUAAUUUGGAAAGGGAAGAAGAAUUGGAACAUGGAGAUGAUGAUGAUGUUAUGCUGAGUGAAGAUGAUUUUAAAUUUCAUAAUAAAAAGUUAAGGGAGUCUAUUCUUGAAUCAAGUGAUGAAGAAGAUAAUAAUAAUGUCAGUAAUGAUAGUAUUGGUGAUGAUUAUGAACAUGGGCAUAUAUAUAGGGAGGAAGAAGGCACAAGUAGUUGUACAGAGAUGAAAAAGGGGGAGAGCAAAGAUCCAGGGGAUAAUUUGGAAAUUUCAAAAUCAGAAUAUUUUGGUACAAUUACACGGAAUGAUCAGCAAGAUUCUGCUUCUAAUGGUGGUAAUACAGAAGAGGGAGGAGGAGGAUGUGAAGACGUUUCUUAUAAAAAUGAUUUUGUAGAAGGUACUGAUGAUGAUAAGCAAAAGGAUGAGGAAGAAGAGAGUUUAUCCAUACCUGAAACUGUUAAUGACGAGUCCAGUAUGAAUACAGACAAUACAAAUGAAGGUGAGAAAUAUUUAGAUAAUAUAGAGAAUGAUGAAAAUGAAAAGUUGGUGUUUCCUAAUAAUGAUGGUGAUGAUGAUGAGGCAGAUAAACGUAGUGUACUGAAAGCUGAUGGCAGUGAAACAAAGAAUGAUAAUGAGUCAGUCGUGUCUUUUAAACAUGAAACAUUUGUUACAAUGAAUAGAAAAUCUGAACAGGAAAACGAGGAAAAGGAUGAUUUAACUGAUGAUAAUGAUGAUGCUAAGACUACAGAAAGCUGGAAGCCAGAUACAGAAUCAUUACGGUCAGGAUUCGUUCAAGAGACAGCUAAAACUGUAGUUCCUCCACCAGGAUUUGUGUUUGAUGAAAAUGGUAAAUUGGUGGAUUUAACACCAUCUAGUAUGAAACCAAGAGUGGUCUCCACAUAUUCUGAAAUUGAAAGUGGUUGGAAUGUGUUUCCAACAAAUUAUGGGGGUGAUUCUGUAGAAUUAGAGACUAUUCAUGAUACUAAAACAUUAUAUGAUAAUAGCACAAUUUAUAAUGUUCCUGGUCUUUUAACUAAUAAUCAAAAUUUACCUCCCUUACCAGAUAAUAUAAAUGCAGAGACUUCAGCAGGAAUUAUCAACAGAGAUAAAAAUACCAUAUUAAAUCAUCAAUCAACACCUAUGUCAAGCAAUGUUUUAAAUAACUCAUUAACUGAGACAACUACACCUAGUGCUAGUAAUAUGAAUAUUAAUAAUGAUAAUAAUAUACAAGGUUUAAAGAAUACCCCAAGAAUAGAUUUGCACAAUGAUAUGCCAGAAACCAAUAUUAAUCAAAUAAUACUAUCAAAAACUUCGCACUCAUCGAAACUUGAAAAAUUAAACAACUAUUAUGAUACACUGUUUAGAUAUGACACUGGACUGCAGUUAUGGGUUCAGCAUUCGCUAAACAUGCCAAGAGAAGAGAAGGAAACAAUUUUGGAUUAUAAACAAAGUAAAAUUGUUAAAGAAGCCUAUGCAAAUGCCGAAGAAUUAAGUAAGAAACAUACGGUUAGUAAUACUAUGGCUAGUGUCAAUCAAAAUGUAAAUCAUUUGAAAAAGAAAGUGUUACAACAUACAAUGAAUCCAAAGACACUUUUUUCUUCAAUCGGUAAGGGGGUGAAAUUGUAA